GAGUUUCCGGUCUUGGCUCUGGCGGGAGCGUUUCGAAGCUUUGGUCUUGGGCGAAAGCAUGUCUCAGGAACGCGCUGUCCCGGCGAGCGCGGUUCCCCUGGAAGAAUUAAGUAGCUGGCCGGAGGAGCUAUGCCGCCGGGAACUGCCAUCUGUCCUGCCUCGGCUCCUUUCUAUGUAUCAGCAUUCUGACAGUUGGAUUGAGCAUAUUCAAAUUCUGAAAAUUAUUGUAGAAAUGUUUUUACCUCAUAUGAACCACCUGACAUUGGAAGAGACUUUCUUUUCACAAGUGCUGCCAAAGACUGUGAGAUUAUUUGAUGACAUGAUGUAUGAGUUAACCAGUCAAGCCAGAGGACUAUCAAGCCAAAAUUUAGAAAUCCAGACCACUCUAAGAAAUAUUUUACAGACAAUGGUACAGCUAUUAGGAGCUCUUACAGGAUGUGUUCAGCAUGUCUGUGCCACUCAUGAAUCCAUCAUUCUAGAAAAUAUUCACAGUCUUCCCUCCUCGGUCCUACAUGUAAUCAAAAGUACAUUUGUACAUUGUAAGAAUAGCGAAUCUGUUUAUUCUGGGCGUUUACACCUAGUCUCAGACCUUCUGCAGGCUCUUUUCAAGGAGGCCUAUUCUCUUCAAAAGCAGCUAAUGGAACUGCUGGAUAUGGUUUGCAUGGACCCUUUAAUAGAUGAGAAUGAUGACAUUUUGAAUAUGGUGGAAGUUAUUCAUUCAUUGUUGGAUAUCUGCUCUGUUAUUUCCAGUAUGGACCACGCAUUUCAUGCCAAUACUUGGAAAUUUAUAAUUAAGCAGAGCCUUAAGCACCAGUCGGUUAUAAAGAAUCAGCUGAAACACAAAGAUAUAAUUACUAGCUUGUGCGAAGACAUUCUUUUCUCCUUCCAUUCUUGUUUACAGUUAGCUGAGCAGAUGAUACAGUCAGAUGCGCAGGAUAAUACUGACUGCAGAUUAUUUCAGAAAACACUCAAAUUGUGUCGUUUCUUUGCCAACUCCCUCUUGCACUAUACUAAGGAAUUUCUUCCUUUCCUGUCUGAUUCUUGCUGUAUAUUGCACCAGCUUUAUCUUCAGGUACACAGUAAGUUUCCUCCAAGCCUGUAUGCUGCUGGGAUUUCUAAAGCACAACAGGAGGAAAUAGCAGGUGCUUUCCUGGUUGCACUGGAUCCACUUGUCAGUCAGCUUCUCAAAUUCCAACCUUUCGUCGAAGUGGUUUUGGACAGUGAAUUAGAGCUGCCCUGUGAACUACAGUUUCCACAGUGUCUACUGCUGGUUGUCAUCAUGGAUGAGCUGCCCUCUCAGCCUGAGGACGUGCAGACCCUGUGGUGCACAGAGACCCAGGUCUCAGAAGCUACAACCAGGGUGUCUCUACUCAAAGCCAUUUUCUCCAGUUUUGAGCAGUGUUCUGGUGAACUGUCUCUGCCUGUUCAUUUACAGGAAGUAAAGAGUAAAGGGCACACCGAGGUUGCUGUCACCUUGUACCAGCAUGUUUGUGUUCAUCUGUGUACAUUUAUUGCUUCCCUUCAUCCCUCACUGUUCCCUGAACUGGACACUGCUCUGUUGAAUGCUGUGCUUAGUGCUAACAUGAUCACCUCUUUGCUAGCUAUGGACGCAUGGAGCUUCCUUGCUCGAUAUGGGACUGCUGAACUCUGUGCCCACCAUGUCACCAUAGUGGCUCAUCUGAUAAAAUCUUGCCCUGGAGAAUGUCAUCAGCUCACCAGCCUAUCAGUACUAUUGAGGCGCCUCUUCUUCUUCAUGACCCCACCCCAGCAGGUGGAGUUUAUCCAGAAAUUUUCUCCAAAAGAAGCAGAAAAUCUGCUUCUGUGGCAAUAUAUUUCCUUUCAGGCAUUACCUGCUGAGCUUAGGAAACAAACUGCACUUGAGGUCAGCAGAUCAGGCACUGCACAGUGCAGGAAGUGGCUAAGCAGCAGUCGCACGUUGGGAGAACUUGAGUCUCUGAACACAGUGCUCUCUGCUCUGCUUGCUGUAUGUAAUUCUGCUAGUGAAGCUCUGGAUAUGGGACAGCAAACUGCAGUUAAGGAAGUUGGGAGUCAGCUUUGGGCUCUUUUAAACAUUAAACUGGUAACAGGUCAACCUUAUGUUCAACAGACACUCUGCCUUUUACUUCCACUGCUGGGAUUUUUCAUUCAAACUCUAGAUCCUCAGCUGAUAAGUCAGGUAAUAACUUUGCAGACCUCACUACUCAAAUCAGAGCCUCCUGACCAUGUUCGUUUGGCAGUUCUUGAUUUUCUGUCUUCCCUGGGAAAACUUUUUAUACCUCAAGCCAUCCAGGACAAACUUCUGCCCCACCUAUCUUCUGUUUUUGCCUUACUGCUAGCUGACAGGAAUUGGCUACUAGAACAACAUUCCUUGGAGGCGUUUACUCAGUUUGCUGAGGGAACAAAUCAUGAAGAGAUAGUUCCACAAUGUCUCAGUUCUGAAGAAACAAAGAAGAAAGUUGUAUCUUUUCUGGAGAAGACGGGGUUUGUAGACGAAACUGCAGCUGCCAGAGUGGAACGUGUCAAACAGGAAAAAGGUACCUUCUGGGAGCCCUUUGCUAAAGUUACUGUAGAAGAAGCAAAGAAGUCAUCUGUACAGCCUUCUGCAAAAAGAGCCCGUCACGAGCUCCCCUUGGAAGAAGAGUACAGGUCGGCACUGCAAGCAGCAACAGCGGCCUUGGAGGCAAUCGAGUUAUUACUCCAAAAGUCUCCUCCUCCAGACUGGCUUCUGACGAAAAUGGAGACACUCCAAGAAAAGAUUGAUAAGCUAAAACAUCAUGUAUUCUAGGGUGAAAACUGAAUGGACUGGACCAUAUCACUAGGUAGAGUUCGAUGCUUUUUUUGUCAUCCUACAGUGCAUUUCACCUACAGAUGAAAAUAUUGAUGUAAUUAUAUGUCUGUACAUUUUCUAACACAAAACUUUUCUAAAGUUGAUUCUAGUUAAAAUAGUCUUUAUUGGACAUUUAGAGAACAGGAUGGUGGGGAUAUAUCUCAUGAAGAGCUUUGGUACAGGGUAAUAAUACAGGAACAGUCGGUAACUCACUCAGUACAUCUGUAAACAAACAAAUAAGCUGCCUAAGGAAACCUUAGCAAUUUAAAAUCAUUUAUAUACUUUAUAGCUAAAGUUUUUUCAGUAAGUUGAUUUCAUAAUAGAGCUUACUCUUCUGACAAAGAAAUAGCACAAAAUUAAGCUAAUCAGCUUGAGUUUUUAUAGUUAUUUUCUUUACUUCCAGAAUUGUUCUGGAAAAAAGCAGUAAGGUCAACCUUUCCACAGCCACUUGCUCUUCACAGAAACUGGCCUCAGUCAGACACACAGCCUCUUCCUCUGAGAAGGGCUAUGAACCUCUGCACCGCCCAGGCCUCCGCGCCAGCACGCCAGGUCUCACACUUCCAUUGGCACUGACUGGAAAAAGAGCUCCUGGUACGAGAAAAACAGGAUGCUUUGGGGUUUUCUUGUCUGCAGAGCCUGCUUUUGAGGUAUUUGAUUUUUUAAAAAAGGAAUCCAUUUUCCUAAAGAUUAACUCACACCCGUUGUCACCAGUUAUUGUCUUCCCAGUUCAGAUCGCCGUCUUCUCCCCAGCCUGCAGACUCUCCCUGCAACAAGAGAAAGCAAGCCAAGGGCAACCUGCUGAAACAAAUCAUGUUCAGAUUUGAAAGAUCAGGAAUUUAAAAGGGGUGCAAUGCGUGUCUUUUGAUGCCAGAAUACAUUUCCUUGUACUAAGUAAAAUAACUUACUGUAACAGGAAGCUGAAAAGUAGAAUUACUUUGGUUCCAGAAUUACAAAACCACAGUAUUGGAAAAUAACGUUCCAAGGACCAUAUAAGCCAAUAAAAUCAGCUUGAUGACAGCA